AUGGAGCCGGAGCGCGAGUGCCGGGUGCUCUCCAUCCAGAGCCACGUCGUCCGCGGCUACGUGGGCAACAAGGCGGCCACCUUCCCCCUGCAGGUUUUGGGAUUUGAAGUUGACACUGUGAACUCAGUCCAGUUUUCAAACCACACAGGUUAUGCACACUGGAAGGGUCAGGUGUUAAAUUCAGAUGAACUUCAUGAACUGUAUGAAGGACUUAAGCUGAACAAGGUCAACCAGUAUGAUUAUGUACUCACAGGUUAUACAAGGGACACAUCGUUUCUUGCAAUGGUGGUGGAUAUUGUCCAGGAGUUGAAGCAACAGAAUUCAAACCUUGUGUAUGUAUGCGAUCCAGUGAUGGGUGACAAGUGGAAUGGAGAAGGCUCCAUGUAUGUGCCCAAGGACCUCCUCCCAGUCUACAGGGACAAAGUUGUACCUGUUGCUGAUAUAAUUACUCCUAACCAGUUCGAGGCAGAGUUACUUACUGGCAGGAAGAUUCACACAGAAAAAGACGCUUUAGAGGUAAUGGAUAUGCUCCAUGCCAUGGGACCAGAGACUGUGGUGAUCACAAGCUCAGAUCUGCAGGCACCUCUAGGAAAUGACUACCUUAUUGCCCUGGGAAGCCACAGAAAAACUAAUGCAGAUGGUACCAAGAUGACACAAAGAAUUCGAGUGGAAUCUCCUAAAGUGGAUGCUGUCUUUGUUGGAACAGGAGACUUGUUUGCUGCUAUGCUUUUGGCCUGGACACAUAAGCAUCCAAACAAUUUGAAGGUGGCAUGUGAAAAGACUGUGUCAGCCAUGCAACAUGUUCUGCAAAGGACCAUUAAGAGUGCAAAAGCACAAGCCGGAGAAGGAAACAAACCAAACUCAGCCCAUCUGGAACUGAGAAUGGUCCAAAGCAAAAAGGACAUAGAAAACCCAGAGAUCAUAGUGAAAGCUACUGUGUUAUAAAGGCUGUAUGUCUCCAAUAACGCACAAUGUAUUGAUGUCCUCAUCUCUUUCCUGUAAAUUGUAAUAUUUGCCUUAGAUCUGUGACAGAAACCUGACUUUCAUGAAAUAGCGCCCAGCAUAGGCAGAUAUCCACUCUCAAACAUAUGUGCUGGCCUUGCUCAGUUUUAAAAACAAAACAGAGUUAGUAUGCAUUAACGCAUAUUACCAGGUAUCAAAAUGGCUGUCAAAUUCACUUAGUCUGUGUAAUUACCCAGGGCAAGAGAGUACGAUGUUCCUGCCUUGCCAAAGACUUCAGAUGUGAAUUUGCUAACGGAAUGCUUGACUAGCUGGAGAAUAUAUUUCAAGACAGCAUUUAGUGCCAAUGGAGCUGGCUACAUGCUCCCUUUUCCUGGAGAGAUCUGGUUACCUACUCUGGUGUUCAGUAUCUCAGCUGCUACAAAACUAAGCAGGGUUAAAACUACACACAAAUUUCUGGUUGUGUGUAGGAGUACUUUGGAGAUGUUUGGCAUUUAAGUACUCUGAAGUGACCUUGAGGUGUCAUUCAUGUUACUGGUAACUGCUCCUGUUUCUUGUUUUAUGAACAGUUGCACGGUUUCAGUUUUUGCAGGUACUGGCUGCUAAUUUCUAAUGUCCACAGGUGUCCCCCCCCGAUACUCUUCCAAAAAUCUAAAACAUAUUAAUAAAAGAGCAUCUUUUUUUCAGUAGCACUGAUUAGAAGUUUGUAGUUCUACCUCCAAGGCCAGGCUUGAUGCUUUGUUUGUUUUUUAACUAAGGACAAUUGUUCCUUAAGGACAAAAGAGAAAGCAGCUCCUGCUCUGAAAGAUGCCUGCCCUGGUUCGUUCUUCGUGGGUGGAUGUAUUUACAAACUGUGUAGGGCACUUCCUCUUAGCAAUAGCGAGCACUAUAGGCAGGCUUAUCAAUGAAGCAACGUGGUAACAGUAGUAGGUAUGGCUUAGUAAGUUGCAUAUUCAGGGAAUCAUAAAAUAUUUUUUCCCAAAUUCAGAGAAACGCACAAAAUCUGUUCAUAAUGUAAUUCUCUGCAACCUUAUUUGAUGAGAGAUCACAGAAAUGUUAUUGUUUGUCUCCCAAAUAUUUUUUUAAUUUCAAAAUUCUGCUUCAUUAGCCUUCAAAAUGGGAUUCUUACUAAUUUCAGUAUCUUGUAUGUCUCAGCCACAUCUUAUGCCAGUAGGGCAGACGCACUGACAAAUACUGACCACUUGUACUUCCUGUUGAUUUCUGUAUGGGACUGAAGUUUUAGCUUCUCCAAAGAGGAACUCAAGUGUCUUGUUAUAUCAGAAUUCUGCUGAUGAGCUUUAUUUGUCUUAGAUGGCAUAGGCAGAUACUGCAUAGACAGAAACUGCAUUUUGGCUUGCAGUUACAUAAAGCAAAUUUUCGUUAGAGAAAAGGGCAGCUCUGAGUUUUUCUUGAUGACCUGAGGAGGCUCAGGAAACUCAUUCUCGGGUCUCUCCUGGAUACCUUUCCUGCCUCUUCCUCAUUAUACCUGCCUAAUGGAUAGUGUCACUUGCAUAGAGUGGGAGUCCCCAGCAGAGCUGGUUGGAAGAUUGUCUUUGACACUGCAGACUUCACUUAUCUCCCCAUUUUGUGGAUUUUUUGCCAUUGUUAAGCCAAAGUUAAUUGGCUUCACCUAGUAGAAGUGUGAUUUAUCCUUAAAGUUGUUUUUAGUUCAGCAGAUUUUUUAAUAGAGUAAGAUUUCAUAAUCAAUGCACUUCUGAAAUCCCUUGUUUUCAAUAUCUCUGAAGCAAAUGAAAUUUCAGAGAUGAACACAUUUUGCAGCAAAUGUAAGAGGCAAAGCUCAAGCUUUCACUCUCAACAGCUAAUACUUUUAUUUCCUCUCAUGAGUUUGAAGUUAAAAAUGAAAAAAAAAAAGACUUGAGAAUUUUAAGGAAAAAGAAAAAGACCUACAAAACAUGACUCUACUGCCACAGUUUAGAAUGACCACUGCCAUGAAAUAACUUCCUAGCAAUAAUAAUUUUGGUGAUGUGAACAGUCACUAAAAUUAGCAGUCAGUAACAGAGAUGAGCUCAUGGCAGAUACCCACCAUGUGAAAAGACAUGAACUAUCAGUGUGUAUACAUCUGAUGGGAAAGAGUAAAGAAGAGGGAACGAGAGUCUUCUCAGUGAUGCCUGAUGGAAAGAUGAGAGGCAAUGGGCACGAGCUGAAAUACAGGAAAAUUUGCUUACACAUUUAAAAAUAAAUCCCUCUGAGGGUGAGAGCACACUGGAACAGGUUUCCCAGAGAGGCUGUGGAGUCACCAUCCUCGGAGAUAUUCAAAUAUCAAGAUUCUUGAAUUCUUCACGUCAGAGGAUCAACAGGAGAAAGAAGAUCAAAAUUUGCCUUUAAUAUUUUUUUUUAGUAGCAUUAACUAUGCACUGUCAAAAUUUGCUGUCAAAGAAACCUUACCUUCUGUAAGUCUGUACUACAGAAAAGCCCUUUUAGUAAGUGUGAGACAGCACAAUUAUUUCUGGCACUUAAAAAAAAUAGACUUUCACAAGGGAAUUGCGAGAAAGACAGGGCUGUUUUUCUCUGAAGUAAAAAGCCUGAAAUUUAGGAAACACAAAGUUACCUUACAAAGAAGGUUUUAUCUGUUAACCAUAAUCAGCCUUGAUCUUGCCAUAAAAGAGAAAGUGGGGUGUUUGCUGGAGCAGCUGAUACGUGUCAGGUGUGUUCUCUUCCUACGUCUUCAAAGAAAGAAGGAUCACUCCAGUAAUUCACACCUUUCUGUGACAUAGCCAUACUGUACAAAGGAUGGAUAAAGCAAGGGGAGCUUCAGAAAAAAAGGUAACAAUACUCACGUGCUCAAUUCGCAAAAGUUCCUAUUUUGCACUAGCUGGAUUCUGUAGCAGUUGGCUGCUCGCUGCUUCUGCUUAAGUCCCUGGGAGUUGUUCAUGUGGCAUCUGUUUUAAACUCCCACUGACCUGAUCUAAACUAGGUCAGGUUUAUGUAUUCAGUGAAGAAUUGUGCUUAACAUCUCUUGCCUGGAACAAGCAUCAAAAGAUAUCUGUAAAUAUAUUCUGUAGCUGACAUUUUGUAGUCACAACAGGCUUUUUUAAACGUCAAGGUAUAUAUAUGUAAUACUGAGAUGCGUUUUUAUUGGUUCAGAGUUAUACAGCACUUUUUCAUAAUGCUUGCAGAACAAAAUUCAAAGGCUCGGAACAGUCAUGUCCAACCUUCAUUCCCACCUCUCCUCCUGCAGGUAAUAUCUGUAGAGUACGAACACCUACUGCCCGGUGCAGCUAAAAGUGUAUCAGUAUUAGACAGCUGCCCACUAUUUAUGUAAGGCCUUGGAGGAGACUCAUCAGGGUUGUCUGAUCCACUUGCAGAUCCUUAGGUAAAGAAAAAUGGUUAUUCUAAACGAGUUUAGGUCCCAACAGAAGAAAAAGCACUUGAGCACAGAGAGUGGAGUCAAUAACUUACAAAGAAGCUUCCAUGGAUGUCCUAACAGCACAAGGAGGGUUGGUAACCCACUAGUCCGAGGCCCCUCACUCAGCCUUGAGACUGGUGUGGUUGGGGAAUGCCAGCUUCACUGCUGUCUGUACCCCCAGCUGUACAUGUGGAGGACACGUGUACAUAUCAAGUUAGCUGUCAAGCACACAUCUGACACUGAAGCGUGUGUCCUCAUGGGAGUGGUGAACGGCUUGUGUUUGUGUCCAGUUGACUUCCCCGCUGUUCUCUCUCUCCACUUACUGUGAUUUGUGUUGGAUGCUUUUUGCUGGGGCGAACUGUUCUCUGUAUGUGGUCAGCCAUUUUGAUUACUGCAAGUGCACUCCUUCGUGGAGCCAUGGUGCAGGAAAGACCAAAACUUGUUUACAAAUAAUCUACUCUAUUCUGGGCCUGGAUAUAGUCUCUAAAUGAUUAAAAUUCCCUUUUACCUCUUUGGGAGACACAUGCAUAAAGAUGCGCUAGAAUCAAUGCUAUUCACACUGGGUAUAAACAUUUUAGAAAUCUGCAGUAUGAAAUCGUGAACUUUAAUGUUUGUUUGCUGAUUUAUAUUGAAAAUCUAUAAUCAAUGUGCUAUACAAAAGAAUCAGAGGACCAAGGUUUCCAGCUACUCAUACUGCCUUUUGGAGUAUCUUACUGUAUCUUGUUUGGAUGGUGUUAAUUUGUUGUCUGAGACUGUUAUGGUGAUUGUAUUGAUAUAUUUUAUUUUAAACUAUGUGGCAAAGAAGAUUGUAAUAAAAGCAUCUACAUUUAAUAUACUGUGCACACACAAA